UCUAGCCAUAGCUGUCUAUUAAAUUGUGCUGCCCAACGCCGCACCAGAUUUGUACCCCAACUCUGUCUUUCACCGCAGCCUCUGCCCUCUACCAUAUAACCUUCCGUCUUCCCAGCACCGGGAAAGAAGUGUCGGCGAGAAUUCGCACGCCAUGACAGGGCUCCGUCUGCAUCAUCCCCAAUUCUGAAGCCACUCAAGUUCCGAUCGGCGAAGCACGUUCGGCUCUAUCCCAUGUCGGACCGUUAAUUUGAUAAGACGGCUCAGUCUUUGGCUCUUAAUUGAUUACCAUGGCGAACAACUUCAAGGAAGAGCCCAAGACCGCACCCCAGCCGGAUCGCUGGUACGAUCUUUCCCUCGGAUCUUCAUUCAAAGAAGACGCUUCCAACAAGUACUGUACUUUGCGAUAUGAAUUCCGGCCUGCCUCCAUUGAUAAGUCAAAGCCUGGUGCUUUGCACAAGAACAAGGGGAAUAGGGUCUCUGUGGAGUUUCAGAACAACCAACCAGGGAAAUCCAAAGUUCCGUUUGAAGGUAGCAGCGAGGAUUACAAAGAUAACGAUGCUGUGUUGUUCUUUGACGGCCACACAUUUCGCCUGGAGAGGCUUCAUAGGUCUGUCAAGGUCCGCAUUAGGCAGCCCGGGGAGUGUAUUGCUGCUGCUGGGUCAUCUGGGGACCCUCGAUUGUCUCCUCUUAUUGGGAAGGGUAUCAAACCUCCCCAAAUUGCCAAACCGACAGUGCCUUCCUUUCCUGUUGAGGUGGAACGAAUUGAUUUUGAGAAGCCACCUGUUCCAGCUUCAAGAUUUACUGGCAAAGGGAUCGAAGAUAACCAAACUGAACCACCAAAUUUUGCUGAUCAAUCUAGCCCCAAGAAUGAUGACGAAGCCAAAGAUCACUGCGAUAUAGAUAUAGACGACAUAUUUGGUUCCAGUUCCCCUUACGAUGAUGAUGGUAUGACAACAGGAGACAAAGACAUUGAUGUGGGUCCUGCUGACAACAAUGCUCCUCUGCAGCAUCAUCAGAAUUACUCGGAUGAUGAGAUUGCUGACGUGGAUGACAGUGGUGAUGAAGAACACAAAGGGCGCAUUAACGCGGCAGAAGCGCUUAAAGCUCAGGUGAAUAAUGCCACCGAUGGUGAUAAUGAUAAUCAGUCGUCUAGUUCGGGAAGCAGCAGUGAGAGUGGAAGCAGUGCUAGUGAUAGUGCGAGUGGAAGUGGGGGCAAUACUAGCAGCGACCAUGAAGGAAGUGAUGAUGAUGUCACCUCCAUUUGACGAAGCAGGUUGAAGUUAAAAAGAGAAAAUGAAUUUUUCGGGCUGCAUUUUUGUUUUAUCAGUAGCUGGUGCAAAAAGCUAUGAACUAAGUCCUAGUUUUGGAGAAAGACUUGGAAGAAACACUACUGAGUACUGAAGAUGUGGCUAAAGAAGCAGCAGUGGAGAAGACCUAUUGCCCCUAUGUGUUUGUUUACAUUUUUCUGAAAGAAGCGUUCAGAAAAGCCAACUAUAUAUAUUGGGUUAGAUUUAUCUUUGCGAAGCGGCUUUUUGCCUUACGUCGUUUUUUUGAAGCUCAAAGUCGGACUGAAUGUUUGGUUGGUAAACUAUAAAAAGAAUUGUUUACC